AUGGAUAUCCGGGUACGUCUAUCCGGUUCUGAAUUAUGGACUGCUGCCGGUUCGCAGAGCACGGUGUAUACGGGAGAUACUCGGAAGGGCGCAGGGACAGGCGCAGUUCUUGCGGUGGCGGUGCGAGGAAAAGGCGACGAGGUGAAGAAGAGGGGAGAGGAGAGGAGAUAUUUGGAGGCGGCGGCGGGGAUCGCAGAUUUGGUGUGUGAGGAAUCGCGGCCCUCCUUCCAGAUGCAGCACCGGGCUCCCUCUCUCAGAUUCUUUCUUUCUAUCACUGCAAGCGUCCCCACUUUCCUUUCCCACCACCUUUUUCUGUGGCUGGCUGUCCUCGAGCCGUCUGGCUGGCCGGGAUGCAGCAUCAUUGCCCACCUCGCCGAUGCUUUCCUGAUCGCUGUCAGCACGCAAUCGGAAUGGUCGCCAUCGCUGCCCUGCUCCCCUUCUGCUGACGAAUUCUCGCCUCUCGUGGGGCUGCAACUUCGAUCUCUGGGUGUUCUUCUGAUCACACCGGAUUUCAGCUCGAGGUUUGGAGAGUCGUUCAGCUCGGGGAGUUGUGGGAAUCUCGCAGAACCAAUUAAAUUCGUCGAUACUACUAGAAUAAUGGCAGCAUAUCAAGCUACGCUGCCGGUGGCACCCACCUCUAGGGUGCCUGCCCAGGUGUACAAGGAUCACAAGAGCAGCAAGAGGUAUUGCAAGCCUGAUGCAUGCCCCUCCUGGCUUAGACCUCGUGAUCUUCUCUCCAUGAGGGGUGCACCAGCAUGUACAAAAUCACCCAUGGGGAGAGUGGAAACACGCGCCAAGUUCGGUGGGGAUGGGGAUGUAGAUCUAAACGGGGACGUCAUAGGCGAGGAUUUCUAUUCAGUGCUUGGGUUGACACCCGAUGCAACGCAGGAGGAAAUAAAGAAGGCGUAUUAUUCUUGUAUGAAAGCUUGUCACCCAGAUCUCAGUGGCAAUAACUCAGACUCUACCGAUUUCUGUAUGUUUGUAAAUGAAAUAUACGAGGUGCUUAGCGACCCAGAGCAACGAAUGGUUUACGACGAGAUUAAUGGCUACGCUUUGACAUCCGCAAAUCCUUUCUUAUUUCCGAAGCAAGAACGUGACCACGCGUUUGUUGACGAGUUCACUUGCAUUGGCUGCAAGAAUUGUGCUAAUGUGGCUUCCGACACAUUUGAAAUCGAAGAAGAGUAUGGUAGAGCACGAGUGCACUGCCAAGUAGGAGAUGUUCGAGCAGCGCAAGAGGCAAUUGAUACAUGCCCUGUAGAUUGUAUCCACUGGGUGACUGCGGCGCAGUUGACACUUCUUGAGGAUGAGAUGAGGAGGGUUGAGCGUGUUAAUGUAGGAAUGAUGUUGUCAGGCAUGGGCUACCAGUCACCUGAUGUUUUUGCUCAGGCAAGUUGGAGGUGGGAAAAGCGGCAAGCUAAGGCAAUGGAACAAGCACGCAUUCGCAUGAUGAAGGAGAAGGGUAAAGACGCCUUUGGAGCUUGGUGGCAAGGGUGGAGCAAUCCCGGAGGUGAUGAAGAUUUCAGACCAGAUGACAUGGGAGCUCGAAAGCGGGCAGCUAAGACUGCUGCAGCAUCCCGCCGCUGGCGUGAAUACUCAAGGCAGAACGCAGGUCGGAGAAGCGUCUUUUCACUGCCCCGACAGUCGGGGACUGAGGAUGAGACUGAUUCAAAGAAGGAAACUGCUGUCAAAUAAAUUGCAACUGGGCUGAAUCGAGGCAUCUCUGUGUCAUGUUACCCGAAUGUUCAUUACUUUUAAGUACCAAUUGAAUGCAGGUGGUUUAAACUUUCGUCUGCAGCCCUUUUGAUUUUUGUCUGGAAGACUAUCAUUGGGUUUUUUUCCUUAGUUACUCACUCAUUGCUUUUAGCUUGUAAUUACGUAGCCCAUACCAGAGAAGGGACGUACAUGAUUUGUAAAUAUCAGUAUUGUUAACACGUAAAUUUGAUUUAGCAUGGGCAA